UCGGGUCGGUAAGUGAUGACGUCAUCACCGCUACGUGCUCGUCCACGACGUCUUGCGGCGCACUUCUCCGUUUGAAUAUUUCAACAUUUUCUCCGAUUAGGGUUUUAUUUCCAUUUCGGGGUCAUCUUCUGAUUCCCAGUGCCACGUUUUUCUCCAUUGAAGAAGACUACGAAAUCCGAAUCUCUAAGUAAUUUCGAGGAGAGUGCAUACCUAUAGAUCCUGUCUCAAAUCUGCUGCCUGAAGUUGUAUGGCAUUGCAAAAGGACCAUUAUCCCGGUUCACCACGAACGGGAAAACAAAGGGAUCAGAAUCAUCCCAAUUCGCCGACUGUCAGGACUAAUGGCCAGAAGGAUAACCCAAUUCCUAGUUCACCAAGUGCCCGAUCAACAUCACAACGGGAUUACUAUCCCAGUUCCUCUUCUCCUCGUCUUCGGCAUCGCAGAAGAUCAUGCGAGUUUCCAGGUGAUGUAAACAGAGCAAAUGGAAGCAAUUUGCUUACUGUAAGUGAAAGCAAGUAUCGCUCUAUGUGGAUUAGGACAUGUUCAUCUCUAUGGAUGCUCGGAGGGGUCCUCUUUAUCAUCUACAUGGGUCAUCUCUACAUUUGGGCUAUGGUUGUGGUCAUACAGAUCUUUAUGGCAAGAGAGCUCUUCCUUCUUCUUAGAAGAGCUCAUGAAGACCGACACUUACCUGGGUUCAGGCUCUUAAACUGGCACUUCUUCUUUACGUCUAUGCUGUUUGUCUAUGGCCGCAUUCUUCGUCAGCAGCUAGUAAACACAGUAUCCUCUGACAAAUUCUUGUACAAGCUUGUUAGUGGUUUCAUCAAAUAUCAGAUGGUCAUUUGCUAUUUCCUUUACAUUGCAGGUUUCAUGUGGUUUAUCCUUACGCUGAAGAAGAAGAUGUACAAAUACCAGUUUGGUCAGUACGCUUGGACGCAUAUGAUCCUUAUCGUGGUGUUUACACAAUCUUCUUUCACUGUGGCCAAUAUCUUCGAAGGAAUCUUCUGGUUUCUUCUACCAGCAGCGCUCAUAGCAAUGAACGAUGUUGCGGCUUAUUUCUUUGGGUUUUAUUUUGGGAAGACACCGUUGAUCAAACUGUCCCCAAAGAAAACUUGGGAAGGUUUUAUCGGGGCAUCGGUAGCAACCGUAAUCUCUGCUUUUGUGUUUGCAAAUGUCUUAGGCCAGUUCCAGUGGCUAACAUGUCCGAGGAAGGAUUUAUCGACCGGCUGGCUUUACUGUGAUGAAGGCCCUCUCUUCAGGCCAGAGUAUUAUCCAUUGCCUUGGUGGAUUGCUCAAUUUACUCCAUGGAAAGAGAUCUCAAUUCUACCGGUGCAAUGGCAUGCCCUCUGUCUCGGUCUAUUUGCAUCGAUAAUAGCACCUUUUGGAGGUUUCUUUGCCAGUGGUUUCAAAAGAGCUUUCAAGAUAAAGGAUUUCGGGGACAGCAUUCCCGGGCACGGGGGUUUCACCGACAGAAUGGAUUGCCAAAUGGUGAUGGCCGUUUUUGCAUACAUCUAUAUCCAAUCGUUCAUCAUUCCUCAGGACUACAGCGUUGAGAUGAUCCUGGACGAGAUAAUGAGAAGCCUGAGCCAGGACGAGCAGCAAAGGCUUUACGUGAAGCUCGGAGACAUUCUUUGGCAGGAGAUGCAGGGUAAGUUUUAGCCUAGGAAUUCCCACUUG